AUGACUGUAUUUAUUGGUAUUUAUAAGGCUAUUUAUUCGUAUGAACCUCAGACUACGGAUGAAUUGGCUAUCGAAGAAAAUGACUUACUAUAUCUUUUGGCUAAAUCGGAUAUUGAUGAAUGGUGGACCGUCAAGAAAAGACUUUUGGGUACAGAUACUGAAGAACCUACAGGGUUGGUCCCUUCAAACUACAUUGAAGAGGCUCCAGUGAUCUCUCAUGUUAAAGCACUAUAUGACUAUGAACAACCACAAAAUCCAAGCGAGGAAUUGGUGUUUCAUGAAAAUGAUACAUUUGAUGUCUACGAUGAUAGAGACCCUGAUUGGAUCCUUGUUAAAUCUAAUACCUCUAACGAAUAUGGGUUUGUACCGGGCAACUAUGUAGAACCUAUUGGUGAUAAUACUUCUACUGUUGCUGCUGCCAUCAAUACCAACAACACUACUGUUGCUGUUGCUGCUGCUACUACUACUACUACCGCUUCUACUACACCGGCUACUGUUUCUAAUUUUUUACCACCGCCACAACACAAUGCAAGAUCUAACUAUGUGGAUUCUCAACCAUUUCCUGAUUCUAAAAAUAAUGAAAGAAAUAGUCAAAAUAAUAUAAAUGAAGCACAAGAAGAAGAAGAUAUUCCACCUCCAAAACCAAUGAGGCCUGUCUCCACUAUGAUGGACAACAAUAGUGGUAUGGAUAGUAGUCCUAAGGGUAAUAGGGAAAGAGCUAGAAGCGGUGCAUCAUAUUACUCUGGUGAUGAAGAUAGAUAUUAUGAUAAUUCAUAUUCCCAAAACAGAAGAAAUAUAAAUACAGACAAUUAUAAUAGACAUACUGAUGAUAAUGAUGAACCACAAGAUGAUUUUUAUCAGACUUGGAAUAUCCAAGAGAUAGAUGGUCGUAAGAAACAUAAAGCAAAAUUAGCCAUCGGUCAUAAUAAGAUCUCGUUUAUCCCAAGUAAGAAAGAUUCUGUGCCUCAAGAAUGGACUAUAGAUAAGUUGGUUUCUUAUGAUCACGAAAAGAAACAUAUGUUUUUGGAAUUCGUGGAUCCAUAUAAGAAUUUAGAAUUACAUACUGGUAGUAAUGACAAAUGUAAUGAAAUUAUGACGAUCCUAGGUGAAUAUAAAGGUGCAUCCCGUGGUGCAGGUUUGAAAGAAAUUGAAAAUGCAUCUCAGAUUAAAAAAAAGGGUAAAAUCUUAUAUGAUUUUAUUGCUGAAUCUCAUGAUGAAUUAACAGUUAAAGAAGGUGACAUUGUAUAUAUUGUUAACGACAAAAAAUCACCAGAUUGGUGGAUGUGUGAAAAUGUGUCUACAGGGAAAAGGGGUGUUAUUCCAGCUCAAUUUGUGGAACGGAUGACUGGAUCGCAAAAUAAACCUGAGAGGAGUAGUAGUGGGUUUUUCAGUUCUUUUAAAAAAGUGGCUAAGGGAUCAAAUUCCAAGUCUCCAUCUAAAGCAAAAAGUUCCACUCUAGGUGGAUUGAACUUCUCUGUCGAUUCAGGCACUUGGAAGUCUGAUGCAAAUCAAGAUAUAUCUGAGAAAAAAUCAAGAAGUAGAUUUAAUUCAUUUUCUCAUAAGAAGAAAGCAUCUUCGUCUGCCGCUUCUGCAAACGCUGAUUCUAAUUCUAGUAAGAAGACUUUCCCAGAUCCAAAGAAAUCUCGUAUUUGGGUUGAUAGAACUGGUACAUUUAAAGUUGAAGCGCAAUUUAUUGGCUGUGCUGAUGGUAAGAUCCACUUGCAUAAGGCUAAUGGUGUCAAGAUCGCCGUAGCAGCAGAGAAAUUGUCAGAAGAUGAUUUAGUUUAUGUAGAAAGAGUUACUGGUUUUAGUUUGGAUAAAUUCAAGCCAAAUGUUAAUAAUAACACCACCACAAGUGGACUUUCCUCUAGUAAAGAUGCAAGAGAACAGGAACGAGAAAGAAGAAGAAGAAUUAGAGAAAAGGAAGAAAAAGAACGUGAUAGAAUGUUAAGAGAAAGAGAAUUAAUGGAAUUAAAGAAAGCUAGAGAAUUAUUAGAUGAGGAAAGACAACGUCUACAACAACAAAAAGAAUUGCCACCUGCAAAGCCCCCAAGGCCAGAUGUAUCAAACAAUGUGGAUCGUCGUAGUUCUACAAGACGCACUUCUUCAAAUACAAAAACAAAUAAUUAUGAUUGGUUUGAAUUCUUCCUUAACUGUGGUGUUGAUGUCAGCAAUUGUCAAAGAUACACAAUUAAUUUUGAUAGAGAACAAAUCACUGAAGAUAUGCAAGCUGACAUUAAUUCUUCUAUGUUAAGAACAUUAGGUUUACGUGAAGGUGAUAUUGUAAGAGUCAUGAAGUAUCUUGAUAAUAAAUUUGGAAGAGAAAAUCAGCCAGCACCAACUGGUAAUAUGUUUACUCAACCAGAUGGAUCACUAAAGGAUAAUACAGGUUCACAAUUAAGUAAUAAUAUUUCCCAUCAAGUACAACCUCAAUUAACUGCUCCAGCUACUCAACCCCCAACAAAUAUUGUGGAUGAUGAUUCUUGGACUGCUAGACCAGCUUCCAAAUCUCAACCUAACUUAGUUGUUAGCAACAAUGAAUUUACUGGAUCUGUUCAAGAAUUGUUAGAUUUAGAACCAUUGACACCAAAAAAAGCUGCACAAGCAACAUCUGUAAAUUAUGCAACUGAGUCUACAGUACCAGCGCCAAAAUUGGAUAACUUAGAGUCAGUUAAGUCCACAUCUGAUUCUACACAAGCGUCACAUAUUACAAGUACUUUGACUGGUGGUCCAGCAAUUUUACCAUUAGAUCCAUUUAAAACGGGGGGUAACAAUAUAUUACCAAUUUCUACCAGUUUUGUGAUGAUGCCAUUUAUUACUGGUGGGGUAAUGCCAUUACAAAAGACAGGAGGAAUGAGCAUUCCACAAACUACUUUUGGUGCUCAAUUAACAGGUGGGGUUUUACCUGUACAAAAGACUGCUAAUGGUUUAAUACCAAUUACAACUACCGGUGGUACUAUGCCUCAAACAACAUUCGGUACUCAGGUCACUGGUGGAUUGAUGCCUUUACAAACUACAGGUGGCUUCAGUGGUAUUCCAAAUACUUCUUUUGGAUUACCACCUGUAGGUUCGGUAUUGCCAGUUCAGAAGACUGGUAGUGGUAUAAUACCGGCUUCUACUACUGGAGGUGCUAUGCUACCAUUACAAGUCACUGGAGGUGCUGUUCCACAAACUAGUUUUAUGACUCAAAGUAUAACUGGUAAUGUAAAUGGUGUGCCACAAACGAGUUUUGGUAAUCAAAUAACUGGUGGCACCAAUAUUAUACCAACAACAAGUUUCAUUAAUCAAAUGACAGGUGGUGCAAAUGUAAUGCCUACUACAGGUUUUGGUAACCAAUUAACUGGUGGUGCUAAUAUAAUGCCUCAAACUUCUUUGGCUGGGAUGCAAACCACUGGUGAUGCUAUGCCUCUACAAAGAACAGGUGGGUUCCAACCACAAUCAAAAUUUGGGAUAGCAUUACAGCAAACUGGGGGACUUGCACCUCUAUCUCAGAAUCAAUGGACUGGUGGUGUCAUGCAACAACCACAAUUUGUUAACAACCAAAUAGGUAGUCUAGCUCAAGGUUUGCAGAAGACGUCUAUUUCACAAACACCCACAAUAGCGACACAACAGCCAAUGUUGCAAACUCAACCUACUGGUUUUGGAUUUGGAAAUGGACCUCAAUUGUCACAGCAGCCACAACAGCGUCAAGCCAAUAUUAUGAAUGCUAGCGCUGCAAAUCCUUUUGGUUUUUCAUAA